AUGCUGAAGGCCAUCUACAUUUCCCAACUUGGAACUAUCGUCAGACGUGCAGACAAGGUAUGGGACGGGCGCUUUGAAGAUACUUGGGGUGAUUUAGAAGGUCAAGGUAUUGUGGGUUUGGUAGAGAUAGAGCGAGGGCCUCCCACACGUCCCCCACGGAAAGCAUGCAAGGUGUUUUCGGGUGUCGCUCCAAAUGCGCGUGUCAGGUACUCUCCCAUUGCAGCUUACUCUUUGGCACUGGCCGACUCCAUCCCAAAAGGAUUAUGGCCCGAUUUGACAAACGAUUCCUGGGCUGUAAAGGAGGACUCAGACGUCCUUGGGUUAACAUUCAUGCUUUGGCUGAAAACACACUUGGAUGGCGAGGAACUAGAUUGGACAAUCUGUCAGCCAGAGGUGCUACCAACAUCAAGAGCAGAGUUAGAGCUUAUGGCUGGGGAUCCUAAAGCUUUUAUAUUCUCUCUCAAGAAGAAUAUGUAUGUGGACGCUAUCAUAAGGCUCUCCGUUUGCUGGAGCUCCCUGCUGGCUAAAGACGACAUGCAGAGCAGGAUAUUGGUUGUCGAGGCCGGUGCCGUGAGGCCGCUGAUCGCGUUAUUAGACGAUGGUGACGAGCAAACCCAGGAAAUCGCCGUGACAGCUCUCUUGAACCUCUCCAUCAACGACAACAACAAGGCGGAGAUCUCCCGGGCGGGUGCCAUCGAUCCACUGGUGAGGGUGUUGAAAGCGGGAAGCAGCGCAGCAGUGGAGAACGCUGCCGCUACGCUCUUCAACCUUUCCGUGGUGGACAACAACAAGGAAGUGAUCGGUGCUGCGGGUGCGAUAUCUCCUCUGGUGGAACUGCUGGCAAGCGGCAGCCCCGGUGGCAAGAAGGACGCAGCAACGGCGCUCUUCAACCUCUCAACCUCUCACGACAACAAGCCGAGGAUGGUCAGAGCUGGAGCUAUCAGGCCGCUGGUGGAGCUGGCCUCGCAAGCUGCGACGGGCAUGGUGGACAAAGCGGUUGCCAUACUGGCGAAUCUGUCAACUGUGCCAGAAGGGAGAGUGUCCAUCGCCGAGGAAGGAGGCAUCAUCGCGCUGGUCCAGGUGGUGGAGACGGGCUCCCCGCGAGGACAAGAGAAUGCCGCGGCUGCUCUGCUCCAUCUCUGCAUCAACAGUAGCAAGCACCGAGCAAUGGUGUUGCAGGAAGGCGCGGUGCCACCGUUGCAUGCGUUAUCUCUCGCGGGCACACCACGAGGCAAAGAUAAGAGGUCAGCUUGA